AUGCAGGGAGGAGGCAAUCGGCCGUACCUUGGCAAACGGAGCUCGUUCUCCAACUUCUCUCCGUACCGAGGAGCUGGAGGUAUGGCAGCACAAAAUGGCACCCUCCAAGAUCAAAUGCUCGAUUCACCGCCAAAACCACGACAGCAUUUUGCUUCAUAUGGCGGACCACCAUCAUCCAACGCAUUUGGCCGAGCAAAUCGACUUGAAGACUAUGCAGCUGGAGGAUCAGGAAGUGCUGGUGCCAAUGCAUCCACAAACACAGCCCCUGGAAGUGCCACAGGACCCGGAUCUACUGGCACUGGCAUGACCACAUCUGCUGCCGUAAACACAGCAGUCAGAGGCCAUUCUCAUUCACAUUCUCAUUCCUACCAACAAUUGGCACCACCCCAUCAGACCGAUAACCAGUUCUCUAAUGGUACCUCGGGAUACUACGGCAACCUCGCAUCGACCUCUCAGUACCCUUCCAACCCCAAUACUGCGACUCCCGGCCAUCCUCUCUACUCAACUUACAACCAUCACACACGACGAAACGCAUACUACGAAUCCCACUGGCCACUUUACGCGGCCGAUUGGACCAGCGUCGAAUAUGCCAGCACCGACAUCGUCGCAGUCGGCACCUUCAGCGAAGACCGCAACACCAACAAAAUCCAGAUCCUCCAUGCCACAAAACCGACCUCGGAAUCCCUACAAUUGACACACACAGCCGAGGCCGUCGUUGCGUACCCGGCCACCAAAAUCGCCUGGGAACCGAACCAAACAUCCACCGCCUCCUCAACACCGGCCCCCUCAACCCCCUCGCGGCUCCGCAUGAUCUCCACAGGCGACUGUCUCCGACUCUGGGACUACGACUACGACACCCACAAACUGAUCCAGCGCAGCGCGCUCUUAAACGUAAGUCACUGGAGGGCAUGUGCCUCCGGCGGCUGGGGCGCUGCCCCAAACCCCCCGGCUCCUCUCGCUUCGCUCGAGUCGGGCGUCGACGGUCCCAGCAGCUCCGCAAAGCGGAGCACUACGGGGUCUGGGGCAGCGCCCCAGCCGCCGGAGGCAGACCGGGCACUAGAAAGUACUAACAGAGACCAGAAAUCCAAGUCCGAGUUUCUUCCGCCGUUGACCUCGUUUGACUGGAAUAAGAUAGACACGUCGCUGGUGAUUACGAGCUCGAUAGACACUACGUGCACGAUCUGGGAUAUAAACACGUCGACUGCACGGACUCAGCUGAUUGCUCAUGAUAGCGAGGUCAAUGACGUGGCGUACGUGGCUAAUUCGGUGGAUAUUUUUGCAUCGGUGGGUGCAGAUGGGUCGGUAAGGGUGUUUGAUUUGCGGUCGUUGGACCACUCGACUAUCAUUUAUGAACCUGCGAAUCCGGUGCCGCUGCUCCGGAUUUCCGCUAAUCCUCAGGAUAGGAACGUGCUGGCUGCUAUAGCACAGGACUCGAAUAAGAUCUUUGUGCUCGACAUUCGGUUCCCUGGCGUGCCAAUAGCGACUUUAGAAGGUCACCAGAAACCAGUUAAUGCCAUUUCAUGGGCUCCUGCUACUGGCAAGAACGGCCAGCGCCGUCAUAUUCUGGCUUCGGGAGCUGACGACUGCCAGGUGCUUGUUUGGGACGUCACGUCUCAACAGCAGCAGCAACAGCAACAGGUUCAACAGUCUCAACAACAACAGCAGCAGCAGCAGCAGGCAUCAACGGUUUCACCCACGUCUAAUUCGGCAUCUUUAGACCCCCUGGCGAAAGAGAAUGCACCCAUCUACAGCUUUACGAACCCUAUCGAGGUCAACAACAUUUCCUGGUGCGCCACAGCUGAAUGGCUCGGGAUCAUUAGUGGUAAAGGCGUCCAGGCCGUACGUUUCGCAUAG